AUGGACACAUAUUCUCCUUGGAUUGGCGGCAAGACCGUCUCAGGGAGCGGCGAGGUGCUGUCAAUCAAAAACCCUGCGACAGGCGAGGUCUUUGCACAAUGCCAAACCGCGUCCAUAGAUGAGAUCAAUGCCGCUGUUCAGUCAGCACAGGACGUCCACAAAUCCGGCGUCUGGUCACGCCUCCCGCGCCACACAAGAGCCGAUGUCCUCGACAAGGCCGCCGACCUCCUCAUCGCCAGGCUCGAUGGCCUCAUCACACUUGAGGUUCAGCAGACCGGCCGCGCCAUCAGGGAAAUGAAGGCCCAGGUCCCGUCCCUCGUCCGCUGGUUCAGAUACUACGCCGCGCUUCUCCGCACCGAGGAGCGAUCUGUUCUGCCCACCUCGGGCAAGCUACACAACUGGAUCGACCGCAUCCCGCUCGGUGUUGUCGUUCUCAUUACGUCCUUCAACCACCCCCUUCUCAUUGCUGUCAAAAAGCUUGCCCCAGCCCUCGCGGCGGGUAACACGGUCUUGCUGAAGCCCAGUGAACUCACACCAUUGACGAGCCUGCUCCUUGGUCCUAUCCUCCAGGAAGCUGGUUUGCCCGACGGUGUAUUCAACGUCAUACCUGGUUACGGCAUCACCACCGGCAAGGCGCUGGUCAGCCAUCCUAUGGUACGCAAGGUGGACAUCACGGGCGGCACGGCAGCUGGUCGAGCCAUCGGAUCUAUCGUGGGCGGCAACCUCGCUCGUUUGACGGCGGAGCUAGGAGGGAAAGCGCCUGUAGUUGUAUUCGAAGAUGCGGAUCUCGAGGCUGCCGUAAACGGAGUGGCGUUUGGAGCCUUCAUCGCCAGCGGCCAGACAUGCGUCGCUGCCACGAGAAUCAUCGUGGAGAAGUCAAUACUGCCUAGGUUCCUGGAGCUGCUGACCACGAAGGCGCAGAGCAUCCAAAAACGGAUGGGGGCGCCGACCAACGUGGCUUCCAUGAUGGGUCCGAUCAUCUCCGAGAAGCAGAUGAAGAACCUCGAGGGCCUUGUCGAAGAGUCCAUAUCUGGGGGUUUUGCUACUGCUGCAUGUGGAGGUGCGCGUUUGACUGGGCUCUCGGAGCUCGACCAGGCCGAUUUCGAUAAAGGCUUCUACUAUCCUCCUACCGUGUUGGUGUCGGCCGCGGAGGGGAACAGCAUCUUGAAGAGCAAGAUCUGGAAAGAGGAGGCGUUUGGACCUGUGAUUGUCGUCGCUGAGUUCUCUGCUGAGCAAGAAGCUAUCGACCUCGCCAACGAUAGCGAGUUUGGUCUCGGGGCUGCUUUCUGGACCAAGGAUCUCAGCCGAACCUACAGGGUCUCUGAGAGCAUCACCACGGGGAUAGUGUGGGUUAACACACACCAUCGCAACGACCCUAGCAGCCCAUGGGGAGGAGCAACAAGCUCAAGUGGUGUUGGCAGCGAAAAUGGAGUCGAUUCGUAUAACGCUUACACGACGACUAAGAGUACCAUCAUCAACUAUGCCUCCAGCGAGGAGAUGAAGGCUGAAGACUGGUUUGGAGAGGAGCAGAAACAAGUAAGAUAUGGAUAG